AUAAGAAAGCCAGGAUCGAGGAAGGAGAGUCACGCCUGGUUCAUCAUCGGAGCUAGCGAGAGGCUCAUCUUCUCUCAGAACCCAACAUGGAGUCUUUUCUCAUUCUCGUUGCCGAAAAGAUUGCCGUGGCCAUGGCGGGCGAAGCCAUACAGGCAGCUAUGGCCUUCAAUUUAGGAGCCGAAGAAUCGCUGAAGACGGAAGUUAAGGAGACGAUCAGACGGAUCAGAAGCGAGUUCGAGCACAUGCAAAUAUUUUUAAGCUCCGUGGACAUGCAGAAGUAUAACACCACCAUUGAGCCAUGGCUGAAACGAGCGAGGGAGAUAGCAGAUUCCAUGGAAGACGUGAUCGACGAGUACUUGCAUAUUACCGUAGAGCGGUCACAGGGUGGACUCAGAUCCUUUUUUAAUCAAGCUGUGAGAAGUCACAAAAAGAGUAGCGCCUGGAAUCUCAUAGCCAAUCGGCUGAAAGUUAUAGAGACUGGCCUAUCCCAUCUCGAAGCCAUGAAGGAUCGCUAUGACAUCAAGAAGAAUGAGUCCGAAGUAGAUGAUGAUGACGCCGAAGGCGAGAAUGCAAACGGCCUUGUCGGAAGAGUCUUCAAUUCGUCGAGAUCAAACCCUGUCAGGGAAGAAGACGACAAUAUUUACAGAGAACAAAGGAAAAUUUUGUUUCAGCUGCUAACAGAUGAAACGUCUACACGCACGGUGAUAUCGGUUUGGGGCAUGGGGGGUGUAGGUAAGACCACCAUGGUUGACAAAGUUUACGGGAACCAGGAGAUCGAGAAUCGCUUCGACUGCAAAAUCUGGGUCACCGUUUCCAAGUCUUGUCGAAUCGAACAUUCGAUGCGAAGAAUUCUCAAGGAACUGCUGGACGCAGAUCAAUCGGAUCAUGAUGGUUAUGGGUCGUCGGACCUUAAUCGUGUACAGGAGGACGUUUGCAGCAUUCUACAGGAGAAGAGGUACUUGCUGAUUCUCGAUGAUGUGUGGAGCGGAGAGCUGUCUUCCUAUGUGCAACGUGCUCUUCCCGAUAACAAUCGUGGAAGCAGAAUAGUGAUAACGACACGGCUAAACGAGGUAGCUUCGACAUCAGAAGAGACGCACCGGUUGAAGCUUCGGAAAAUUGAAGAUGAAGGCCAAGCGUUCGAUCUGUUCUGUCGAGAGGUAUUCUGGCAUGCCGACGACAGGCGUUGCCCCAAACACUUGGAGACGGUGGGGAGAAAUAUUGUCAGGAAGUGCCAAGGCCUGCCACUGGCCAUCGUGGCCGUAGCCAGACUCAUGUCACUGAAAGGGACGACCGAGGCGGAAUGGCAACGCGUUUACAAAAAGCUCAGCUGGGAGUUCGCUAACAAUCCAAGCUUGGACAACCUGAAGCAUGUUCUGAAUCUGAGCUACGACGAUCUACCGAGUUAUCUGAAGAACUGCUUCUUGUACUGCAGCGUCUUCCCCGACUACAAGAUCAAGAGGAAGAAGUUAAUAAGGCUUUGGAUCGCCGAAAGUUUCGUCCAGGACAGGGAAACACAGACGGUGGAGGAAGUGGCGGAGGAAUUCCUGGAGGAACUCGUCCAUCGGUCCAUGCUUCACGGUGUACAGAGGAAUAGCUUCGGAAGGGUGAGGAGAUGUGGGAUGCACGGAUUGAUGCGUGAAUUGACUCUACCCACAGCCCGGAAAGAAAAUUUUAGCAUGGUGUGGAAAGAGUCGGAAUCAUCGGGAGGGUUGGGGUGCGAAGCACGUCGGUUGUCGGUGCACGACUACGCCGCCAACAGCGCCUUGUUCCACAUGGAUUUCUCUCGCAUUCGCUCCUUGCUUGUGUUCAAGCAUGACUCCUCCCUGACCACCUUGCUGAAGACGGUGUCACGUAAUGCUAGAUACUUGAGGGUUGUGGAUCUGGAAAGCGCAGACAUGGACAAGGUUCCUGAUGUGUUCAUGGACCUAAUCAACCUGCACUAUCUGGGGCUAAGGAAGACGAAGGUUAAACGCCUUCCCGACUCCAUCGGAAGGCUCCGCAAUCUGCAGACCUUGGAUCUCCGCUACACUAAAAUAGAGAAGCUGCCCAAGGGGAUAAGCCAGUUGAGGAAGCUGCGAUACCUGCUGGCUCUCAGGUUGAACGACAGAAGCCGUCGAUCAUUCGAAUUCGUCAGCCAUGUCAAGGCUCCGGGCGGCUUAGGCCUGCAGAAUCUUACGAGCUUACAACACCUGGACAUCGCCGCCGACGAGGAGUCGUCGAUGAGGCAACUCGGCUACUUGACCCAACUCAAGGUGCUCAUCGUAUCCAAAGUCAAAGGCGUGCACUGCCCGCUUCUGAGCGCCUCAGUGUCGCACAUGACUUCCCUCUAUAAGUUGAGCAUCACGGCCUACGACGAGAAGGAGGUGCUUCAGUUGCAAGACUUGGGCCACUGCUUCCAAAACCUGCAGAAGCUCCAUGUGCAGGGAACGGUGGUGGGACCGGUGGUGGUUCAGGAGCAACGCCGUGCGGGGAUGCGGAGGGGAAGAGAGGUUGAGGUCGUGGCAGGCGGUGGCCUGCACGUCCAUGAUUCCCAAUUGCUGCCUCCCUCCUUCCGUUCCCUGGGAGAAAGGCUUCGGGAGCUGUGCUUGGGCUGGAGCGGACUGAAAGAAGAUCCACUCCCGGCACUCUGCCACCUCCAUAACCUUUCGGUGCUUUUCCUACGGCAGGCAUACCACGGCUUGCAACUACGCUUCAAGGAAGGCUGGUUCCCGAAUCUGCAAGAGCUUCAUCUGCUUCAUUUACCAUACGUCAACAGGAUGGUGAUAGAGAAAGGGUCAAUGAAGAGCCUUCGUUUGCUUCAAAUGGAAGGCCUGUCGGAGUUGAUGCUGCUUCCCAAAGGCAUCGAGCAUCUGACGUCCCUGCACAAGCUCUACUUAUCGGAGUGCAACAAUUUCUUCCUCUACGCAAUCCAAGAAGACCAGAGAAAGCGAGUAGACCACAUCCCAAACAUUUGGCACGCCUACCUCGCUGACGGUAAGAAGAUCAUUGAAAUCUUGAGCAGGCCCACGACUCGUUCACCUCGUCCGCAGGAGGAGGAGGAGGAGGAUCGGAAGUCCGUGCCACCGUAUCCAUUUCCAACCCCCAGCGAAACAGGGACGGACGAGAAUGUUUAUUCGUACUUACCUCCAUUCGAGACGAGGUCAGAGAUGAAUGAAAGGGGGACAUCUAAUUCAUAUCCAUCCCCCCGCAAAGAGAAGAAGACAAACCGGCCUACCAUUUCGGAGCAUCCUUCGCUCUCCGGUGAACAACCGGAAUUCGUGCCCGUAGUGGAUGACAGUUCACAGGCGAGUGACUUUGAAGAGGAAGAGCAAAAUAAUAAGGUAGGCUUUACUAGAAGAAGAAGAUUUUGAUUCGUUAUAUUUACAUCACCGAACACUACUACUACUACAACUACAACAACAACCACAACAACGAUCUUUAACUUAUUUAUGCCAACGGUUUACAACCGCGGUCACAACUGUACCUGCCGGUAAGAACUGUGGGUAACAGUUAUGCAUAUAUACCUUU